CUGGGCCAAUAUUCCAUCCUGUCUAUCUGGGCCAAUAUUCCAUCCUGUCUAUUUGGGCCAAUAUUCCAUCCUGUCUAUCUGGGCCAAUAUUCCCUCCUGUCUAUCUGGGCCAAUAUUCCAGCUGAAAAAUGUCAUCACACUGUGGGAUUUCUGCUACCAUGAACUGGUGCAGUUCUGAAGACCAAAGUGGUCCAAAACGCCAACAAAGUGGCCUUUCAGAGAACAUGAAUCGUGUGGAAUAAGGUGAAAGCAAAUUGAUAACCAAGGCAUGUGGCGCCCAUCUCUGAUCUUUAAUGGAAUAUUUGGCAGGUUUUAAGAGACCUUAACCAGAUGGGGUGCAAUUGCUGUAGAAUGCUGAACAGUUAUAUGUUCAAGCCACAAGAGCUACCAACCAAUGGAUACGUGAAUGAAGCACACAACUACGAGCAUGACCGUACUAUGUCACCGACUAUAAAGAUCAGUGAACUUAUGAAUGAGGGAUACAACAUCAUCGAACGAGACAGAUUCACUGGUUCCCAUAAUUUUUACAAUGCGUCAGAAAAGAUCAAUGCAAAAGAUGAUGAAGCAGACUCCACAGGACAAGCGAGCUUCUCAUCAUAUGCAGUUUCCAAUGAGAACUUUAUAGGUGAUGUCAAAGAACAAGAUGGCCAUGUGUCUCAAUCUAAUGACAACCUGCAUUCAACACCUACUUCAAGCCACCAGAAUUUAGAAACACCAGAAGGCCACACAACCAACUCAGACGAGCCAGAAUGCAUUCAACAUGAGCUAUCUGGAUCAAUGCAGGAAAAUAUUUCUCUUACAGAAAGUGCAAUACUUGAGGUCAAAAAUAGUAACUUAAACUUAGAAUCCUACAAUGACAUUGGAAAUACUACACAGUUUAAUGGUCUUCUUAAAGAGGAGAACGUUGAACAAUACCCUAAUAUAGAUCUUCAAGAUAAUGCGGACUGUGGCUCCUGUCCUCCUUUAGAUGACCAUGACCUUAUACAAAGGUCAAGACCCCCCUCAUUGGUGGAUGUUAUGAUUGAAAGAAAUAUAGCACGGGGCUCAAAGAAAGGUAUAAUAGCUAUAGAUGAGGAAGUCCUGGAAGAUGAUAUGGACCCAGAUGUGGCUGAAGCAUUAGCAGCACUGGCCGCUGCAAUAGCAGGUGAAGACUAUGAGGACUAUUAGAGAUCUGUGAGUGGUCGUAUGUAUAAGCACUUUGAAAUCAGACUUUCUUGUAAAGAAAAACUUGAUGAACUUUUCCCUUCUUUGGAAUUCAGGAAGUUCUAGCUGAAAAGUUUUCAGAAUAGAAAAAGAUUACCAUAAAAUUACUGUAGAUAGUGAAGAUAUACCAUACAUCGUCAUAAGCGUAGGAUGAUGUUAUUUCAAACUGUGUUGAUGGAAUCUUUAACACAGAGAAACUUCAUUGACACGACCACCUGAAAUUACGCCAAAAAGUGGUCUUCUCAAUGACUAUGGCCGGUAUGCAUAAUAUAAGUUGAAACUAUAAAAAUCUGUUCUGAACAAGGGAUGGUCUUCUAAAAGGAGUGAUCUUUUGGCGAGGUUUCAUAGAAUGACGCCACCACUGUUUGGUAGUGACAAUUUCCCUUUCAUGUAAUUUAAUACACCUGUUAAUAUUUAUUGGAAUGAUUCUAAAGUAUGAUCUAUUUAACCAGUCACCUGCCACAGAGUCUUUAGAUGUAGAAGUUUUCUUGCCAUGGGCACUAUGGUUAAUAUUUCUCUAAUACACACCUGUUACAUGGUGUAGGUUUGUCUAUAACUAGUAAUGAUUGAUGUAUUUUUAUAACAUUAACAAGAUUUUUCAUGACUUUUAUAUUAAUGUACUAGCCUUGGGAUAAGCCAUCAAUAUCACAUCGGUGGAGGUCCAACUCCCAGCACCUCAGCUGAUCAGCUCAAUAAAGGGGCCGCGGCGGUCAUGUAAAUUCUGUGACCUCUGCAUCGCUCACCAGGCACAGUGCUGUACAUUCUGUAAUUCCUGCACUUAGCAUUGGAGCUUGUCAGUUGGAUGAGAUGAAGAGGCUGCAGUGGUCACAUUGCCACCAUGGCCCUUCGAUCAAUUGAUUGGUGGAGAUGCAGCAGUCAGACCCCGGGGAUUUUAUAUUGUAAACCUAUCCUGAGGAUACAAUUCCUGGAAAGUCCCUUUAAAUCCAUUUUGUUCUCAGCUUAUUUGUCCCUAUGGUAGUUCAAUUUACCAAAUUGGUAAAGUGUUCCAUGCUUCAGUAUGGUGGAUUCUAGACAAGUAGCUACACAGUUGUGAAUGUCAGUGCAGAAGUUUCACAAUUCAUUGGCCCACAUUUAUCAUUGUAGGUGUAAGUGAAGCAUUUUUUUACACCUUUUUUGUGUGUGCUGGUAAUGUAUAGGAGCACCAAAUUUAUUAAAUGGUCAAAGAGUCUUCACAUACACCAAAAAGCCACACCAUGUCUGGGCUGGUGUAGUUUUAGAAACUUUUCAGUGGCUUUGUGCCUUUUUUUGCUCCUUUUUACAAAAAGGUGCAAUGAUAAAUCCUUCCAUAGCAUGUCUAUUGCCAAAAUCAGUUGAAUGCAACUCAAAAUCAGCAGGAAUGUGUAAACAAAAAGGGGCACAAAUAGGCGCAAAAAACCCUGCUUGCUCCUUUUUUGCCCCUUUUUUAGACACAAAAAAC